AACAUCCAGGUAGCUGAUUCCUUCCCUUAGGUCUUAAGGAUCCUGACACUUUACUGCGGACGUUGGAUUUGGAGAAACAGCAAUCAUGACUGUAGGAAAGAGCAGUAAGAUGCUGCAGCACAUUGACUAUAGAAUGAGAUGUAUCCUACAGGAUGGCCGAAUCUUCAUUGGUACCUUUAAGGCUUUUGACAAGCAUAUGAACUUGAUCCUCUGUGAUUGUGAUGAGUUCAGGAAGAUCAAGCCAAAGAAUGCGAAGCAGCCAGAGCGUGAAGAAAAGCGAGUUUUGGGUCUGGUGUUGCUGCGUGGGGAGAACUUGGUUUCCAUGACUGUGGAGGGACCACCCCCUAAAGAUACUGGCAUUGCUCGAGUACCACUUGCUGGAGCUGCAGGAGGCCCUGGCGUUGGCAGGGCAGCUGGCAGAGGUGUUCCAGCUGGUGUUCCAAUACCCCAGGCUCCUGCUGGGUUAGCAGGCCCUGUUCGAGGGGUUGGGGGGCCAUCCCAACAGGUAAUGACUCCACAGGGAAGAGGCACUGUAGCAGCUGCUGCAGUUGCUGCUACUGCCAGCAUUGCUGGAGCCCCAACUCAGUAUCCACCAGGACGGGGGACUCCACCCACACCUGUGGGCCGAGCAACCCCACCUCCAGGCAUUAUGGCUCCUCCACCUGGUAUGAGACCACCCAUGGGCCCACCAAUUGGACUUCCUCCUGCUCGAGGGACGCCAAUAGGCAUGCCCCCUCCAGGCAUGAGACCCCCUCCACCAGGAAUUAGAGGUCCACCUCCCCCAGGAAUGCGUCCACCAAGACCCUAGGAUACUAUUGAUUCUUCUUAGUCACUUUUCUCCUGCAGUGUGUCUUGUGAAACUGUGUAGAGUGAUUGUGAGCUUUUGUCCCCUCUUUGCUGAAUUAAUAUUAGCUAAUAAAUGCAUAGAGCAAUUAAACUGUGA